AUGCAUGGGAUUCCUGUUGUUGCGAAUGUUCAAGUCUUGAAAUCUGCCCCUUUCUUGUCUGUCUACUUACCCCGCGUGGUGUGGGGACCUUGUACAGUUUUGCUUUGCAUCAUACCCUUCCUCCCUCCCCUCUCUUCCCUUCCCCCUCCCUCCUCGGGACUCCACAUUGAGCGGGUGAGCGAGAGUGGGUGUAUAUGA